AGUUAAAAAGUGUUUUUCACAUUUUGGUACUUAAAAGCUACCAAACGGGCUCCAUUCGCUCCUCUGCUAACGGAUUGCCGAAAGGGUUUUGCUAAUUUUCUUAUUUUUUUCUGUUGUUCUUUCUCUGGUUACCUGUAGGGGGAAUUCAUUAGGGUAAGUUGAAUGAUCAAAAUAGUGGUGAAAUGUUAGCUUCUAAAAUCAUCAAGAAAACAUUAAGAUGGAACUAUAUUUUGUUAGCAAGUCGAUCCUUUUCUGUUGCGACGAGUGAAGCAGACAGCAUUUUGUCUCUAAUCAAUAUGAGCAACGACAUUGGAGGAGGAGCAUUCCAAUUGCAAAGACAAAUGAGAAGGGAUUCAUUAUGUAGUCCUUUAUUUAAUCAAGAUCAUAGGGUGGUUAGAUCAAGUAUAGGAUCUUUUUCUUUGUCAAAUUGUUAUUACAGCAGCCAUGGAUAUUUAAGAGACGUCAAAGACAAGUCCUUAGGAUCUCUUCCUGAAGUUGUCAAGAUAGUAGAAGUUGGCCCAAGAGAUGGACUGCAAAAUGAGAAGACAAUAGUACCUACAGAAGUGAAGGUGGAGCUUAUUAACUUACUUGUUUCUAGUGGACUGCCAGUUGUUGAGGCUACUAGUUUUGUGUCUCCAAAGUGGGUACCACAGCUAGCUGAUGCUAAGGAUGUAAUUGAAGCAGUUAGGAGCCUUACAGGAGUCCGCUUACCUGUUUUGACACCAAAUCUUAAAGGUUUUGAAGCAGCUGUUGCAGCUGGAGCCAAGGAAGUAGCAAUCUUUGCUGCAGCAUCUGAGUCCUUUUCUCGGUCUAACAUUAAUUGUAGCAUUGCAGACAGUCUUGCUCGUUAUCGUGAUGUUGCUCUUGCAGCCAAAAACCAUUCCAUCCCCAUUCGUGGGUAUAUAUCAUGUGUUGUUGGCUGUCCCGUAGAAGGAGCAGUGUCUCCAUCAAAAGUUGCAUAUGUGGCUAAAGAACUAGUAGAUAUGGGCUGCUUUGAAAUUUCUCUUGGUGAUACAAUUGGAGUUGGUACUCCAGGUACUGUUAUUCCGAUGCUUGACGCUGUAACCCAAGUUGUCCCUGUAGAGAGGCUUGCUGUUCAUUUUCAUGACACUUAUGGACAAGCUCUUUCCAACAUUCUUGUGUCGUUGCAAAUGGGGAUCAGCACAGUGGAUUCAUCUGUAUCAGGCCUUGGGGGUUGUCCAUAUGCUAAAGGUGCCUCGGGUAAUGUGGCUACAGAGGAUGUCGUUUACAUGCUUAAUGGACUAGGAGUGAAGACAAAUGUGGAUCUGAGAAAGCUUCUAUUGGCUGGAGAUUUCAUCUGCAAACAUUUGGGUCGCCCUUCUGGUUCUAAGGCUGCCAUUGCCUUGAGUAGAACAUCUACUGCCUCAAAGCUUUAAGGGGGACAUCUGAUGUCUUUGAAUUUGUACACCGCUCCCGCUCUGAGGUGAAAAUCACUUCACACCAACUCAUACUGUACCAUAAUUUUCUUAAACAUAUCCAUGUCUAUGUGUUGUUGCCCUUCCUUUUUACUUUUCCUAAGCCGAGGGUCUACCGGAAACAGCCUCUCUAUCUUCUUGAACGUAGGGGUAGGGGUAAGGUAUGCGUACACACUACUACCCUCUUCAGACCCCACUUGUGAGAUUACACUGGGUUUGUUGUUGUUGUAUCCAUGUCGAUGUGACUGACUGGAUUGGUCUUUUGAAGGGUGAGAGUGGGAAGGAAGAGGAAGUUCUCAAUUGAGAACCAGUAGACCUGUAUAAUGCAAACUCAUUACUAUUAACAAGUUCAUUUACACUGAUACAGAGUCUAAUAAUACUUGUAUUCAUCGAA